AUGAAGUCAUUGCAAUCUUACCAAACUCUCGCCGCUUUGUCCAAGCCGGAGCAAAGACGUGCUUUGGUACCACCCGCUUUCUUACUUGACUGCCGUUUGCAAAAGGCUGGUGGAGAAUGGAUGGAAUGCAGUGCCUUGCUGGAUACUGGAUCAGGCCUUGAUUUUAUUGUAUUAUAUGAUCCGGAGAGUAAUCUCCAUUAUCAAAGUGAGGGUGUUUGCAACGUCAGAGUGCGGUUGGCAGGUGGGUCGGUGUGCGCAGUAACACGCUGGAUCGUUUGCACAAUGCAGAUGUGGCAGAACAGGGAGUGGAGCACCGAGUUUCAUCGUCGAUUCUAUGUUCUUCCGGCCUUUCGAAAGACUCCAUCGUGUGCACUUGCGGAGUCAGUAUUCUUGAUUGCGGGCCGAACGUUCCUGAGAGACUUCCAAGUGACAGUGCUCGGUGGCGAAGGACAAGUCCAGCUUCGGGGACUGCCUGUGGAAUCGACCUAUUGCACCUCUCUGUGUCUGGUAUCUGGAGCUGUGGUUGACCAGGUGGGCUGGGACCAGAACCUAUGUGCUUCGUCUGAGGAUGCUUACACGCUCUCACCUGAUAGGCUUAUCCUGGACACCCCUCCAGUGGACCAGGACGUUAUUUAUAUACCCGAUUCUGCGCGUCGCUUUGCUAAGGCAGCGUAUGAUCGUCUCAGUCCAGAUCAGCAGAGGGCUUUCGACGACAUCGUCGAUGACUACGAAAGACGCGGCUGGUGGGUGCGCCGCACUGAAGAGGAGAUUCGUUCAAUGACGGAUGCCGCUCUCGACCCUGCGGUCGUGUUUAUGGUACCUGGUGGGGACAAGCGUCGCGAUCGACUGGUUGUCGAUCUGAGGCGAGCUAACAAGCGCUUUGAGAAAGGAUCUGGUUCGUCUACCACGGUGUCUCUGUGUAUAGCCGCGGCGCGGCUGAGUGGUUCCGGAGUGUGCUGGGUCUUCGACGCGGCCAAGGCUUUUUAUAAGCUUAGGUGGGUGGGGCUUAUGGCUAUCUUGAUGGUCAAAGAGUUCCUGUAUACCAGCCGACGAUGCAUCUUUGGUGUAACCACGGGGCCGGGGAGCCUUCGGCACACUAUGGGUGCUUUGGUCGAUGAUUUUCGAACGAUGGUGAAUAUCGCUAUGUUGAUACUCUGUUUUGCCGACGACGUGUUCUGCGGUGGGAUUCAAGGGGCUAUAGCGGUGUGUUGCCUCAUUUGGGUAUUGACGGUAUGCGGCUUCGCUAUCACCACCAAAAAGUUCCAGUGUAUGGCUCUUCUGGAGUGCCGAGAGCGUGUCAAGGAGGAACUGGUAUCUCACGGUUUGCCGGCAGACAUUUUUCGAUGGUCAGACACAGUGGAUCUUCUCGGGGCCACCCUGCGAUUCGAUCAGUCCGGCACAUUGUUAUUGGCUAGCUGCAAUCGUCAGGAGAGGCUCAAGGCAGCCCACACACAAGCUGCCCGUUUACUGGCAGCACUGCAAGAUCCGGCAAAGGCAGGCGUGUCGAAGGCUUUAAUCUUCUCUCUUGGUGGGAAUCUCUCCUAUGACUGCGUGGGCUGCCAUGCCAUUGACCGGAUUGUCGCCGAUUCUAUGAGGAGCUGGUUCGCGAGUGUGUAUGCUUCUGAAGAAUGGACCGUACCGUGCGACCUCUCCCGGCUUGAUGAAGUUGGUCGUGCCACGGCUUUCGCACUCGCUGAAUGGGCCACGGAGUUGACGGCCUCCCCACAAGAAUGCCAUCAUGCUACCCCGGUCAGAGGUGCUGGGGAUCCUAUAAGAAUAGAGGUUGCAUCUGAUGCAGCAACUACUGGUGCAGGAUAUGUGAUCCACAUCCUCAAAAAGGUCCCGGGUUCGGAACAUUCGCAGCGGUAUCUCAUAGGCUCGGGGGCGUGGCGCUUUACGGCUCAGCAGAGGCACUACCAUAGCAACCGUCGUGAAUUAGCGGCCUGUUGUAAGGCGCUACAAGCCGCUGUUGACAUACUUUCGCAUUUUGCAGCGAGUAUGGCUGGACCGCUGCCACCUCUAGAGUUUACGGUAUGUUCUGACAACAAGCCCACGGUUGCCUGGCUCCAGGGCAGGGGGUCUAUCUCUCGAUCUUCGUUAGAACGCCGAGCUGUCGUGCGGACACUGAAUGCUAUGAAAGAUGAGAUCGAUCAUUUGAAGGCUCUGACGAGAGGUGCCGUGGUGGUGAAGCAUAUCGCAGGGCAGGAGAAUGUCUUGCCAGAUGAGCUGAGCCGGUUGUUUGAUCGGUUUAUUACCUUGCCCUCUGGAAGACGGAUUUCCCUUGCCGAUGGUUUGCAUGGUGACCUUGAUGAUAUCGCCGGGUGUCCCGAUGUAUUUGACGAGCCAGGAAGCGAGACUUUGGGGGCUAACUGGCUUCUAAGUUCGGAGAUGGAGGGCUAUUUUGCUCAGUCCACAUGGGAGGAGGGUCAGGAGAAUGAUGAUGUUGUUUCGAUCUUUGCUGCUAUGCCGACGAACGAUUGCCUCCUGAAUAGCUAUCUUGUGGACGACCCCGAGGACGUGGAUGCCGAGCCCAUUCUUCAAACCCUCUGUGCGGGUAACUGGGACCUCGGUGGGGUGAGUGCAGAUUUUCUCUUCUUGCGAAGAAUCUUCAAUGCGCUGAAGCCGGCAGCUCGACAAGAGAAGCUGGAAGAGCUUGAAGAGAAAAAUGAGGAAUGCCUUAUUCGGUCAUUGCAGGAUGAUAUGGACGAGCCACCUCUUCGGUCGUCUGGACCCUAUUUACGGGAGGCCGAUUCCGGUAUUUAUGUCUUCCGCAAUGGUACUGCAGAUGGUGGAUAUGUCUUGCUUCCAGUUGUUCCUCGAAAGGGUGCCAAAUGUCAAGCUUUCCGUACGAAGCUGUUGUUCGACGCUCACCGGGCUAGCAAACACAGUACAGUGGCGAGCACCGUCAGUAACGUGUACGACAAGUUCUUUGUGCCCAACUUGCGUGCAGAGGCACGGCGCUUCGUGAAGAGUUGCUUCGCCUGUCAGCUGCUGAGAGCCCGAAGAACGUGGAACCAGGUGCCUGGUGGGGGCCCGAACCGUGAUCAAGCUUUAUCUUGGGAGCCUUAUAGGGAAGUCUUCAUUGAUAUCCUCGCUCUCGGAGACAUUCGGGGAUAUAAGGGUACCACCAAAGUACUUACGGUGUAUUGUUUGCACACCUUUCAUUCAACUUGGGUGCCGACCGGCGAGUCCAUGAGAGACAUUGUUUCUGCCCUAACUAGAGUCCAGACGGAGCAAGGAGGUCUGAGCCUUAUGUGGUGCGAUCAAGCUUCUUAUUUUCGAACCGCUAAGUUCUCCGAAGGGGUGCACCGCACUCUUGGUGGAAGGACUGAGUUGCUUCCGGUGCGUUCCCCAUGGAAAAGCGGGGGUGGAGAGCGUAUGCAUGGUUUGGGUCUUCGCAUUGCUAAGAUGCUCUUGAGAGGGCAGGCUGGUUAUGUGGGUCGUAAGCGUGUUCGUCAAGCUCAUGUUGAUUUGGAGGACAUUUGCCGCGAGGUCACAUUCUUGCUGAACACGAGACCGUUAGACUUCUCCAAUUCUGAUGAGCCCUCCGGCGAAUGUGUUGUUGUAACUCCCGAUCUUCUGGCUAAGGGGUUCACUAGGAAGCGCGGGUGUUUGUUACCUGCUGCUUCGUCAUCAUUUCCUAUUACCCGUCGCUUGAAAGCGGCUCGUCAAUAUUUCCUUACUAAUGUAUUUCGAGAUAUGCGCCUUGCUGUGGCGAAGUCUAUGGGUUAUGCCAGCUCCCGUGGUAAAGUGUUGAAGAUUGAGCAAGAUGCCCCGGUGCUGAUCUACCAUCCUGAGAAAAAAUUGAGUCCUGGCUUUCGUUUGGCUCAUGUAGUUUCGGUGCUUAAGGAAGGUCGUUUGAUCAGAGUCCGCUUCGUCGAUGGCUCAGAAUCUGAGCAACAUCAUUACAAUGUUGUUCCGUUGUUGCAUAAUCACACGCUGUCGCAGCAGAGGGGGCGUAUAUUGGAUUAG